GGGAAUUGCGGGGAGGCUGUUCGUGCGCUCCCCCCCCGCAUCCUAGCACUAGCCGUAAGAAGCGAUAACGCGGGGAGAAGCCGCAGGGCCAACGGGCGGAGGCCGAGGGAGAGGCCCCAGGCGGGGCGGGGCGCCCUCAAUAAAAAGGCCGCGCGCGCUCCGACGGCACCCGAGACUUUGAGCUGCCAAGAUGGUGUUGACCGCCGACGACAAGAGCCACGUGAAGCACGUUUGGAGCGUGGUCCAGCCCCACGCCGGGGACAUUGGCGCCGAUGCCCUCACCAGGUAAGUCCGCCCCGUCGGGCAGGGACCCUCUCCCGGGGACGAGCCCGCGGGCCGGGCGGGAGCCGGACCCUCGUCUUCCUGCUCCUCUCCGCCUCCUCUUCCCGCAGGAUGUUCGCGGCGCACCGCACCACUAAGACCUACUUCGCGCACUUCGGCUUGAACCCCGGCUCCGCCGAUAUCAAGGCGCACGGCAAGAAGGUCGCGGCGGCCAUCGGCGAGGCCGUGGCGCACAUCGACAACAUCGCCGGCGCCCUCGACAAGCUCAGCACCCUGCACGCCCAGAAGAUGCGCGUGGACCCCGUCAACUUCCCGGUGAGUCUCUCUCGCUCCCGGUCGGGGCUCCGGGGCGGGCGGGAUCCCUGCUUCGCUCCGUCCGGGGCCCCGUCUAACGCUCCCCCUCCGCCUCUCCCGCAGCUGCUGAGCCACUGCUUCCUGGUGUCCAUCGCCGCCCACCACCCGGGGCUCCUCAAGGCCAGCACCCUCCUCUCCAUGGACAAGUUCCUGGGCCACGUCGGCGUCGUGCUGACCAGCAAGUACCGCUAGGCCCCACGAAGCCCAGGCCCGCCGCAGAGGAGCCGCCUCGACGCCGCCCCGCGACGCCCAAACCCCACAAUAAACCUGCUCUUGACUCUCCCUGAUC